GCCUCGGGGGCCGCCGGGCGCCGCGCCUGGAUGCGCCCCCGGCCACCGCGCCGGCGGCUCCCAUGGCGGUGGCACGGAAAAUCAAAACUUUGUUGACGGUGAACAUCUUGGUCUUCGUGGGCAUCAUCCUCUUCUCCGUCUACUGCAGGAUCCAGGACCGCUCCCAGGAGCUGGUGCAGAUCGUCCGGAGCGCGGACCGCCGGGCCAGGAGCCGCGGCGCCAAGGUUGGCAGCCUGGCCGACAGGGAGUCCAUCCUGCAGCGCCUGGACCACCUGGAGGAGGUGGUCUACAACCAGCUCAAUGGUCUGGCAAAGCCCAUGGGAUUAGUUGAAGGUCCAGGAGGCCUGGGCCAGGGGGGAAUGGCUGCUACCCUCAGAGAUGAUAGCCACGAGUCAGAGACUAAGUAUGAAGAAUACGGUUACAAUGCCCAGCUCAGUGACAGGAUAUCACUGGACAGGUCCAUCCCUGACUACAGACCAAAAAAGUGCAAGCAGAUGACCUACCCCGCUGACCUGCCCCAGAUCUCGGUGGUGUUCAUCUUUGUGAACGAGGCGCUCUCGGUCAUCCUGCGCUCGGUGCACAGCGUUGUCAACCACACCCCCUCCCACCUGCUCAAGGAGAUCAUUCUGGUGGAUGACAACAGUGACAAUGUUGAGCUCAAAUUUAAUCUGGACCAGUAUGUCAAUAAAAGAUACCCCGGGCUGGUGAAAAUAGUGCGCAAUAACAAGCGGGAAGGACUGAUCCGAGCCAGGAUCCAGGGCUGGAAAGCAGCAACCUCUCCUGUUGUCGGCUUCUUUGAUGCCCACGUGGAGUUCAACAUUGGCUGGGUGGAACCUGCGCUUACCCGGAUCAAAGAGGACCGAAAGCGGAUCAUCCUGCCGGCCAUCGACAACAUCAAGUACAACACCUUCGAAGUGCAGCAAUACGCCAACGCGGCCCACGGCUACAACUGGGGGCUCUGGUGCAUGUACAUAAUCCCACCCCAGGACUGGCUCGAUAAAGGGGAUGAGUCAGCUCCCAUCAGGACACCAGCCAUGAUUGGAUGCUCCUUCGUGGUGGACCGAGAGUAUUUUGGGGAGAUUGGUUUGCUUGACCCUGGUAUGGAGGUCUAUGGAGGGGAAAACAUCGAGUUAGGCAUGAGGGUGAGGAA